AUGUCCUUCUUAUGUCCCAAGGCACAGGAAGAAUCGCGAGCCGACGACGAGCUGCUGCCGGCUGAUGAGUUGGAAUUACGCUUCUUUUACGCGAAGCAUCUCUACCGAGCUGGGCUCUGCAAAAUCAGCUUCCCUGCCUACUACAAGGACGCCGGAGCGCUGCUAGCCGAAGCCACGGCCACUGCAGUGGGCAACCUCUCCCCGCUGUACUUCCAACUUGGAUACGAGCUCUGCGACCUGCUGCCCGAGAGCGAGUGGCCCGUUGACAACCUGCGCAACGUACUAAAGGAGGCCGAGUGCAAGCGCAGGGCGUACCUGCUGCGCCGCAGCGAAACGUGCGACGACACCUUCCUCAUGGGACUCACACUCAGCGAGCGGAAACUACACAACGUGGUCAUGCACGGAGAUAGCAACGCACUUAUAACACCCGCAACAUCGCAAACGUUUACGGACUAG